CUCGGUAAAGGAGCGCGGUUCCUGAAGAAAAACAGGAGUAGAGGGCGCCUCGUUGAGAGUAUUGUCUUACCCAGUAAAAAAUAUCCCGCACACUGCGGCGUAAACGUGUUUUAUUGUCUUUUUCUUUCCCCGCUCACCCACUCGGGAGUGUGAUCUCGGUGUGGCUCCGCCGACCGUUGGGGAUCUUGCAAACGACGAACCGUUAGUUUUUUUUUUUUUUUUUUUUUUUUUUUUUUAUAAAAGAAGAAGAAGCGAGCGCUCUGCUAGCAGCGAUGUCGGGUGUUGUGCGAGGCCCCGCCGGGAACAACGACUGCCGAAUCUACGUGGGGAACCUUCCUCCUGAUAUCCGUACAAAAGACGUGGAGGACGUGUUCUACAAGUACGGGACAAUCCGGGAUAUCGACCUGAAGAACCGGAGAGGGGGCCCGCCUUUUGCCUUUAUUGAAUUCGAGGACCCCAGGGACGCUGAUGAUGCAGUCUAUGGACGUGAUGGUUAUGACUAUGAUGGCUACAGACUGCGUGUGGAGUUUCCUCGGAGCGGCAGGGGCUCAAGAGGCGGGUUUGGUGGCAUCGGCGGAGCUCCCAGAGGCAGAUACGGGCCCCCAUCCAGACGCUCAGAGUACAGGGUCAUUGUGUCGGGUCUCCCUCAGAGUGGCAGCUGGCAGGACCUGAAGGACCACAUGCGUGAAGCAGGCGACGUCUGCUACGCCGACGUUUUCAGAGAUGGAACCGGAGUUGUAGAAUUUGUGCGCAAAGAAGACAUGACCUAUGCUGUUCGAAAGCUGGACAACACCAAAUUCCGCUCACAUGAGGGAGAGACUGCUUACAUUCGUGUGAAAUUAGACGGUCCCCGCAGCCCAAGUUACGGAAGAUCACGCUCCCGAAGCCGUGGCAGCCGGAGCAGGAGCCGCAGUCGCAGCGCCAGCCGCAGCCGCAGCAAUUCCCGGGGCCGUGGCAGAGGAUCGCCCCGCUACUCGCCUCGUCACAGCCGCUCUCGCUCCCGUUCCUAAACCUUUCUACCACCAAUGUUUUGCCCUUUUGAUGUAUACCCUCCUGUUUUUACCUCUUAUGAGUUUCUCCAGAUGUCAGCAAUUGAUUUUUAAUUUUUGCAUUUCAUGUCCCGAUGUCCUUGUGGAUGAUCUUGGUAUGUAGGUGUACCUCCCUCUCCUUUCCCCCCUCCUCUCUUUCACACCCCCCUUCCCCUCCCUCUCCAGCGGCUUUGUCCUUUUGUUUUCUCCCUCUCUCCCCUUUCUUUCUGUCCUCUCAAUUUUUUGCAACAAUAGGAAUUGUGCUGUGUUGGAACUUCGAAAACGUUGAGUUGUUAUAACCUGCACUCAAUGUUUUUGCAAGUAUCGAAAAUUGAGUUUUGUUUUUGUUUAUUUUUUUAAGAAAAUAGCUUCUCAUUGGAUAUGUGGGGUGGGCUGUUUGGACGGGGAGCCCAAUGCUUAACUGUAUUUUACCCUUGUGUCUUCCUUUAGACAUCUGAAGAGAAGGAUUAAAGUGAUUUGGAAUAAAACCAUUGUGGAGCACAUUUCAUUUGUAUGGUCAGGAUAGGACAUCUAAUUGAGGAGCAAUCAGGUCGAGGCAAUGGUUUUGAUUGGAGGAGUGGCUCAGUGGAUCCCAAUCCUUGGAGCUGGAUGAGUGGAUCGAUUAGGGAAGGGAUAGGCAAGGAUGGAUGCUCGGAACGGGAUCAGUUUUCCAGGAUUCAAAUGAGAGUUGAAUUCAGAACUAAUUAACGGGAGUCCCAGAGCAACUUUUUUUUUUCUAUUAGGCCCCCCCCAUGCCUAUUUAAAGUCUUUCAGUGGUAAUGGCUUUAUUUUACAAGAAAACGAAACUGAGGACCAGGAAGUUGGAUCAAAGGAUGGAAUCGUAGAUGCCUGGUAUGAAGGAAUUAAAAAUUUGGGUGGUUGGGAGAGGGUUUUAUUUGGGAGUAGUUUGUAUGUUUUAUUUUGCUUAAUCUUUCUUUUUCUCUUAGCAUUUUCAAUAAAAACAUUUUCAAACAAGGA